UCUGCCUUUGUAUUUUGCACAAACAACAACCGCAACAGCAGCAGCAGCAGCGCAGACAGUGCCGGAGAGAGCGUGACUGAGCACUGAGCAGAGAAGCAGAGAAGGAAGGCAAACGGAAGCGCGUGCCGCAAAAGUUUACGGAAAUAAAAUAACAAGCACAAAAAGUUCACGGCACAUAAGUGCUACUUGAACCCCAACAACAGACAACAAAACAUACAAUUGUUAUUUAACUAUUGAUGAAAGCAAAAAGCAAAGAAUAAGAAGUGCAGUUUAACCGAAUUGGAACAAAUAAAAUACCGAAAUGUGGCCCAACUUUAUUGCUGUCAUUUCGCUGAUGUGCCUGGCACUGUUCUGUGCCUGGGCCCAAGCUGGACCCGUGCCAAUUGUGAAUGAGCACCAGCAGCUGAUGCCCAAGGUGCCCCAAUGGCAUUGCUUGCGUUACUUUAAGCACGAUGUUCUGAUGAUGCGCCGCUGUCGUCACUUGCGUGUUCCAACGGCGCCACGUCUUGGGGAUGUUCUCAUACGCAAGAGGAAGAAAUAGAAAUGGGGCCAAUCGGGCGACAAGUCGACACAGCAACAACAACAACAACCAAAUCAACAACAACAACAGCACAUGACUGAGCAACAAAACGAAUUACAAUUGCAAAUAGAAUUUCAACAGGAUUUAUAACAAGACCAAAGUUUAACCAAAAAAAAAAUAAUUAAUCAAUUAUUUACUAUAUGUAUAAUUUAAGUUAAUCUUAAGCCUAACCACUUGUACUUCAUAGCAUUUAAGGUUUCAAUAAAAUUACAAAAACUAAGAAGAUAAACAUAUCAAA